CUUAGCGACUCAACUUCAAAACCUAAUCAUAAAGCUCCGCCUAUCGAGUCACAGCGCAAGGACCAUGGGCUACCCCUCGUUCGCCUGCACGCAACACGAUAAACUAGCAUUGUCGUCAGACCGAAGGAAGCAUCUCAACUACUUGCUCCACGAUUACUCGGAGGAAAACAAGCGAAUCUAUGGAGCGACUAUGCCAACGGCAGGGACGGGUAUUCGGCCCGUGCGAGAGCCGGUGGAGAGGCCCAUCGGCUCGUACACUGCUCUAGAGGGACAGGAGGCUGAGUCCCGGCAGAUGGCGGCGCAGACCAACAACAAGCGCACGCCCACGGGCCAGUUCUUCAACCCGGUCAACCCCGCACUGCACGAGAAGCAGGUGCCGCCCGCCACCUACGACGGCACCAACAUCACCCACAGCGCCGUGGCGACCAUGCGCGGCGGCAGCGGCCUGCUACAGCCGGGCGGCGGCGGCGGCGGCGGCGCCACUGGGCGCUACAGCCACCACUCCCAGCAGCUCGCCAGCGACGCCCACAGCCCCAGCCAGCAACAACCAGCGGACUCCGCCGGUGCCGCCUAUUACAGCAGCAGCGCCCCGGUUUCGCCCUCCGGCACGGGGCAGCUGCCGCCCAUCACCACCGGCGGCGGCAGCUUCGCGGGCGGCGGCUUCGCGGGCGGCAGCACGGGCGGCCUGGGGUCAACGGGCAAGCGGGCUAGCUGGACGCUGCCUUGGCAGACGGGGGACCGCACGCUGGGCCGGCAGAUGGCGGACCAGGUCAGGUACGGGCGGACGCCCACAGGCGCCUUCGCCAACCGCGACCUGGCCAAGGCCAACAAGUAGAAGACAUGUCGUGACGUGGACAUGAAUUGUGUAUGUAUGCGUGUGCGCGUGCCUGUGUGUGUGUGUGUGUGUGUGUGUGUGUGUGUGUGUGUGUGUGUGUGUGUGUGUGUGUGUGUGUGUGUGUGUGUGUGUGUGUGUGUGUGUGUGUGUGUGUGCGAGUGAGUUGUUGAAAGGGAACAGGACAGAUUUUGCACGUGUGCGUGUAUUUGGGCAGGAGGCAGGGUGGACGCGUGCAUUCGGUGUGUUCAAAGCGAGAGAGCGCAGCUCAUAAUGUAGUGUUUGUGGUUGGACUGGGGCUGUCGGAGUGGGGGGACAGGCCACUUGAAGUGCGUUGCUUGGCGAGUUGACGGAAACGGGCGGCGGGCACGGGGCGGGGGCACAGGAUACCAUUUUACUCGAGUACCCAACAUGCCGAAUCAGGCAUGUGCGGGCCGUGCUUUGCACUCGUGUGUGCAAGAUAGCGCAGGACUGUUAGGUCGGUUGCAGCGAAUCAAGGCUAGACCAAUGCCCGGGAGUUGCCAGCAUGACACGUUUAAUAGGGGGUUGUGAGUGCGACAAGUUUGGCAGAUUCAUGCUCGUGUCGAUUAGUAUGCUGCAGCUGAAGGCUGCGUUUAGGCAACGGGCACACGAGGGCGACGCGCAGAGCUCUCAGAUUGAUACGGUGAAUGAAGUGUUGGUGCUUGGAGGCUGGUUGGCGACAGGCCCGCUGCAAUCAAUUGCGGGGUCGCCAUUCGUGCUCUUUCAUUUCAACCGUGUGAGCUAAGCUACCGUAUACUAGGCAGUAGACUUUAGGAAAGCGGGCUUGGUGUGCGCACGGACUGUCCGGCUGAGCCUGCGUGGCGCACAACGUGCGUAAGCGUGCUUAUUGUUGCGUUGCAAGGUUGGGAGUGUGCGUCCCUUUCCACCACACCGAGACUAGGCGAGCCGCACAGGCCCAUCGCCUCACGCAAAUGACUGAUUACAAAAUCGGUAGACGGACAAUCGCCCCACGUCUACCCCCAUUCGGGAGCGAGGCACGGGCUCCGGCCACCAGCGCUGGGGCGUGCUAGACGGUGUGCACAUUAUGAAUGCGACAUUACAAGAAGGGACAGUCCGACCAAGCAACUGUCGGGUGAUAUCGUGUGUGCGGCACGGCGCAACUACCUAGGCCCCCGGGGCGUGACGGGGCGUGCCGCUAGAAGCCUGUGCCCGUGUGCCGGUGUUGCUGAUGGUUUGUCAUCCCCUGCAUGGCGGGCUGCAUGGGCCUUGCCGAGGGGUUUAUAGCACUCAACCGCGACCUGGCUCGCCGGUUGAGUUGCCGCCAGCGCAAGCUAGCAGAAUGACUAUCACUCUGUGACAACUCAUACCCA